AUGCUAACUCUCACCCUGGUCACCGGAAAUAGACACAAGAUCUCUGAGCUCAAUGCAAUCUUAGGCAGCUCAGUCAUCUUAAAUGCAACCGACCUCGAUCUGCCCGAGAUUCAGGGCACCGUGGAAGAGAUCACCCGGGAAAAAUGCCGUGUGGCCGCCGAGAAGAUCGCUGGUCCGGUCCUAGUCGAGGACUCUGCGCUGGAAAUGCAUGCUCUGAACCGUCUGCCGGGGCCUUAUGUCAAAGCUUUCGUAGAGAGCGUCGGCAACGAGGGUCUCUACAAGAUGCUUGCUGCUUUUGAGGAUAAGACGGCAGAGGCCGUUUGUACCAUAGGCUAUUCUCCAGGACCAGAGGCCGAGCCGAUCCUCUUCCAGGGGAGGCUAGUGGGCAAAAUAGUUCCCGCGAGGGGUGCCUCCUCAUUUGGGUGGGAACCCAUCUUCGAGCAUGGCGGGGAGACAUUGGCCGAGAUGGAUGUGAACAAGAAGAAUGGACUGUCUCAUCGUUUCAACGCUGCGCAGAAGUUGAGCGAGUGGUUGAAACAGAAUGAAGGGACGGUAUAG